AUGACCUCCUCCAGCGCUGUGGAAGAUGAACAUCUAACUGAUUCGGAUUUAUCCGACGAUGAGGAACGCAAGGAAGAGGUUCCGCAAGAGGAAAUUCGUCCUCCCACGCCACGUCCCACAUACAGCGAUGAAGAUCUUAAUCAACUGCUUGAGUAUAUACAACGCAUGACUACAUUGUAUUCCUUGAAUCAGACGGAUUGGAGUGAAGCUUCACUCGAUAAUAUACGACGCUGGCUGCUGGAGGUCAAUGAACCACUGCUCACAAUUUUCUAUGCAGAUAAUGUGCUGACAGCUUACCUGGGCUUCCCAACGAAGCCCGUUGAUGAUAUUAGUUACUUUUUGCGUGGAGAGCCCAAUGAAAUAUUCACCGUCGAAGGCUUCCAUGAUGAGAUUCACUUUGGCACCGUGCACAGUGAUGUGGAUGGCUGCUUAAUGCGUCUACUAGAACGCUUCUAUGCGCCCAUUUUCCGCAACUACCAGGACUGGAAUCAGACAGUGCGUUCGAGGUUCUGCGCCAGUCUCGACAAACUGUUGGCCUUCCUCUUUGCCAUCAACUCCAAGAUCGGUGGCAUCACGGCGCUCUAUGUGCCCUUUGCGCUGCAUCAGAUUGGAGGGGAGCAAAUCGUCUGUGACAGGCCGUUGUUCAAGAAUCUCGAAAGCAUCGCCGUCUAUUGGACGACACAGAUACGCACAGUGCUGAGUGAUCGAACACUGAUGGCCGCCAACACGCUGGCAACUAUGAACGACGAAUACGAGUUCUGGGAAUAUCGAUUGGAGGUGCUGCAGGGCUUGAACUCCCAGCUGGAGCAGUUCGAUGUGCAGCGUGUGUUCAAGGUGCUGCGUCAAUGGCAAUCGGUGCACAUGCCACAAAUCGAGGAGCUGCUCUCAUCCGCUCAGCUGGAGCAAGAGUUGGCCACGUCAAACCUAAGAUAUUUGUAUUUGCUUAUCGAGCCCUGCGCCAAGAUCGAUGAGUCCAAAUCAUUGGCAGACGUGUCGCAACAGUUGCCGCACAUCUUUCAUCUGCUGCGUUUCGUUUGGGAGCAAUCGGAGCAUUAUAAGAGCAGCGAUCGCAUCACUACACUCUUUCGCAAUCUGAGCAAUCAGAUUAUUAAGUAUUGCACCAGCCAAAUAAAUCUGGACGAGAUACUGGAAGGUCGUCCGAGGCUCGGCAUUAAGAUGUGCAAUCUGUCCCUGGAGUGCUGCCAGUCCUAUGAGGAGCAGCUGCAUCAACUGGACCUGCAUAAGAUUGGCUGGAAGCUGGACCGGGGCAUCAUCUUAAAUCAUGUGCACGCAUUUAUGGAGAGAUUGAACGAUCUGAAGGACAUAUGCGAGGCAAUGAUUGUUUUCGGGCGAAUGGAUGAGCUGGAGAGCAUAGGCGAGGUACAGUUCAGUGGCACCAACGGCGAGCAGCUGGAGCGGAUUGCGGUGAGUGUGGAGCAGCAAUUUCUGACUACGCUCGAUCAGCUGCGCAGCUCCAAUACGAAACACCUAAUGCUGGACGUCUAUCGCAGCGAGUGGUAUGAAAAGAUGGAGGCCUACCGGAAAUCUGUCCGAGGCAUGGAGGAGACCCAGCAGCGCCUCCUCUCGAAUGCCUUUCGUCGUGUCAGCAAUGUGGAGGAGACACUGGAAACACUCAAUGUCUUGCUCUACUAUUCCUACCAUGCCACACUCCGCAAAUGCUAUCUGGGCCAGGUGACUCGUCUGUGGCAGCGGUUCAGCGAGGAUAUGGAUACAACCACCAGGCAGUUGCUGCAGCUGCGACGAAAGCAACAUCUCUCCUGGCUGCCUCCGCAUGUCAGCGAUGCGCUGGCCUACCGCAUCAAUCUGGACCGCCUGAUCUGGCUGCGUGAUCGUCUAGCCAAAGCGGGCUCCACCUGGCUGCCAGCUGUGCCGCAGGCAGCGACUGUGAUGGACAAGUUUGAGCUGCUGCGCUCGGAGUUCGAGAGAGAGAUACGAAUCGCCUUUGAGGAGUGGCACGGCCAGGCGGGCAGUAACCUGUGCCAGAAGCUGGAGCGAUAUCUGGUGCAUCGCAGCAAGCAGUCCAAGGUCCUGCUGGAGUGCAACAUGGAUGCGAGUGCCUUGCAGCUCUGUUCGCAGGCGCAGCACUUUGAGAAGCUGGGCUACGCUCUGCCCCUGCCCAUACGCAAGAUCUAUGAGAAGCAGGAUGCCCUGAAGUUGAUAUAUAACAACGUGCUGCGCCUCUGCCUGGACUACAAUCGCCUGGUGAACAGCCUAACGCAACGGGAGCGAAAGCUCUUUCGUUCACUGAUUCAGUGCGUCGAUCGCCAGUUCGCGCCGGGCAUAUAUAAGCUCAGCUAUGCCGGCUUCUCGACCGGGGAGCCUGAUGAGAGCUACGACCAUUGGCUGGCGGACUGUGUGGAGCAUGUGGAGGAGCUGCGUCACAUCAUUCAGCUCUACAAGCGCGCGAAUCGUCAAAUUGUGCGCUGCUGCGAACGCAUCUGCGAUACGUCCAUGUUGCGAUUCAACUUUAAUGGAGCUGUGGAUAUUUCUGUAUUCGAGCAGCAGCUGAGCAGCUGCCUGAAUGGCGGCAACAGUGCCUUGAGAAAGUACUACAACACCAUUGUAGAGCUCAUUACAGCGGUGGCCAAUGAGUUUGCGGAGAUGCAAGAAGAACAAUCCAGCGAGUGGCAUCAGUAUGUGAACGUCUUUGAUGAUAUGCUGGCUAGUGCCUUUCUCUGCUGCGCACGCAACGCAUUGCAGCUGCUGCAGGAUGCCUUGCGCUCCGACGAGGACCUGCCGCCUGGGCCUAUUCUGGUCAUGGAGGCCGACGUGAAGGACUCCCAAAUACAGCUCACACCCGAUAUGCGCACUGUUGGCGCCGUGCUGCGUGGCGUCAUCGAUCGCGUGCAGAGUCUGGUGGAUCAGUUUGCACGGCUCGGCUACAAGCUGAAGAUUCCCAAGGAGAAGCGACGUCCGAAUUUCGCGCGAGCAUUUCGAGAGGAUGCCGAAUGCUCGGAACUGGUGCGCGGUAUCGAGGCAGAGAUUGCACGCCAGCAGGAGAAGAUCGAGGAGUAUGUGAUCCAGUGGCGGGCGCAUCAUGCGCUCUGGGAGCUGACCGAGGAGGCGUUUACACAGCGACUGCUGGCCAGCUCCAAGACAGCGCGCGUGUUCGAGGGGGGCAUCGAGCACUAUAGCUCGCUAGCCGAUGAUAUUUCCUUCAUGGAUGCCAUUGCCCACGUGCACUUUGUGCUCAUCAAUCAGAAUCCCAUCAAGAGCACUCUGCUCGACUGGAUUGAGAAGUGGCAGGCUCUGAAUAUUCAAGUAAUGCUGCAGCAUGCAACGGGCCUCAUCGAAGCUCUCUACCGCUAUAUGGAACGCAAUGAGCGCAAAGUGUUGCGUGUGCCGCGCACUCAUAAUGAAGCUAUUGUCGCCAAUCAGCUCUUUGAGCGCCUCGUUCAGGCGGUGCCAGGGAAACAGUCCAGGUUCACGCCCAUGCUGGAGGUGUUUGUGCUUCUACAUAAAUAUCGAGUCCCCUUGCCGGAUGCAGCACGUGAACAGAUCCUCGACCUGGAAGCUAAUUGGCUGCGCUAUCUGCAAGUUCUGGUCGAGGCGGAUGAAAUGCUCGAUCAUGAGAGCGAUGAGCAUAAGAUCAUGCUGGCCCAGCAGGCAGAUCAGUUCAGGCAUAUACUAAAGCAAUUCCACGAAGAUUAUUUCUCCAAGUUGCCCAAGAAAUAA